AUGGUCAUUUUCGAGCUGGACGACCACUCAUACUUGAAAUUGCUCAUCAGGAUAUUCAACGUUUUCGGUCUCGCGGCUUUCACCCUGGAAAAUCGGGAGAACACCAACCCGAGGACGGAACCCACCUUCACCAGCUCAAAACUGCUCCUGGCGUACAACCUCCUGUUCAUAUCGAUGGCCGGUUACACCAACUACUUCUCGGUGAGCCUCUUGGUCCGGAGGUACGCGGCCCACAUGACCAUAUUCAACAUCAUCGACAUUUGCUCGAUAAUCCUUGGCACGGCGGUUUCGGUCUUCAUACUGGCAUACUACUGCGUCCGCCGCGACGCCUCCAUCCGGUUGAGCGUCCAAAUGUACCGAGCCAAGAUGCUGGUCAGCCAAUUGAGCCCCAACCGCACGAUCAAGUCGCAGGUGUUGGUCCUCGUGCUGGUCUUGAUCUUCCACGUAGUGACGUCGGUGUGUAUGGCCUGCACGGCAGUUCUGGCCGAAUACCCCAACUGGAUGCUCCGGUUCGCCAGUGCUGUGAGGAACUUUGUGGUCACGUCGUUGUUCCUCCAGUACGCCAUGGUGGUGAGGAUUCUCCUGGUGAUGUUGGAGCGAGUGAACGGGACGCUGGAGAAUUUUGGGCCGGUCGCCCUAUUCGAGGCCAGUUGGUGCCGGUCGGGGUCGACCGAGGGCUUGAAGAGACUGCAGGCGUUGUCGGCGAUACGCAGCGCCCAUCACACGCUCUACCAGAUCUGCCGGGAGGUUGGCAAGUUUUACGGGUUCACCGUGUUGGGCUGCAUAGCUUACAUGUUCAUCUGUCUCGUGGUGUUUUCUUACUUUUUGAUCGCCAUACUCAUCGAGCGGAGGAUCAACUUUGCCGUCAUUGAUUACGUCCACUUUCUCGUUUGGCUCGUUUGCUUCACCGCCUCGUUUGUCAUCAUGUCGACUUACAUCACUAGGGUCACCGAGGAGAUGGAGAAGACGGGGAUGAUAAUCCAUCGGUUGACCAGGACCACUGCCAAUACCCAAAUUCUCCAAGAGCUACAAGAUUUUUCGUUGCAUUUGCUUCACGUUCGCGUCAAGUUCACCGCUUGGGAGCUGUUUACCCUCGAUGGUACUUUGGUGCAGUCGAUUUUUAGUUCCAUAACGACGUAUCUGGUGAUACUGGUUCAAUUUAAAUUGAGCUCCGUCGCCAAGUUGCAGGAAAAAGUAAAUACUGGGACUUGA